AGCUGCUGCUGCUGCUACCGCCGCCGCCACCAGCCUCGCCGAGGCGGCCUCCCCGCGGCCCGGCUUCAUGCUUCAUCCUGUACUGAGCUCCUACUGCUGAGAGCUGGAAAAUCUACUUGAGGUAUUCCAAGACUUUCUUUGCCAGCAGAAUAUGACAGAUACCUAGCAUCUAGCAAAACUAUGGCAGCAGCUUACCUCGAUCCAAACUUGAAUCACACGCCAAGUUCGAGCGCAAAGACGCAUCUCAGUGGUGGGAUGGAGCGGUCCCCGGGGACCAUGGAACGAGUCCUAAAGGUCUUUCACUACUUUGAAAACAGCAGUGAACCCACGACGUGGGCAAGCAUUAUCCGGCACGGAGAUGCUACCGAUGUCCGAGGUAUCAUUCAGAAGAUUGUGGACAGUCACAAAGUGAAAAACGUGGCCUGCUACGGCUUGCGGCUCAGUCACCUGCAGUCUGAGGAAGUUCACUGGCUCCACCUGGACAUGGGAGUAUCCAACGUGAGAGAGAAGUUUGAACUAGCCCACCCUCCCGAGGAAUGGAAGUAUGAAUUAAGAAUCCGAUAUUUACCGAAAGGAUUUCUAAACCAGUUCACUGAGGACAAGCCAACACUAAAUUUCUUCUAUCAACAGGUGAAAAAUGACUACAUGUUAGAAAUAGCAGAUCAAGUGGAGCAGGAAAUUGCUUUGAAGCUGGGUUGCCUCGAAAUCCGGAGAUCCUACGGAGAGAUGAGAGGCAACGCAUUAGAAAAGAAAUCCAACUAUGAAGUGUUAGAGAAAGACGUUGGCUUAAGACGUUUUUUCCCGAAGAGUUUACUGGAUUCAGUAAAGGCCAAAACACUACGAAAAUUAAUCCAACAAACGUUUCGACAAUUUGCCAACCUCAACAGAGAAGAAAGCAUUUUGAAAUUCUUUGAGAUCCUCUCUCCCGUGUACAGAUUUGACAAGGAAUGCUUCAAAUGUGCCCUUGGGUCAAGCUGGAUUAUUUCGGUGGAGCUUGCAAUCGGCCCGGAAGAAGGAAUCAGUUACCUGACGGACAAGGGCGCUAACCCAACUCACCUGGCAGAUUUUAAUCAAGUGCAGACUAUUCAGUAUUCAAAUAGUGAAGACAAGGACAGAAAAGGGAUGUUACAACUCAAGAUAGCAGGUGCUCCUGAGCCUCUGACAGUGACAGCCCCAUCCUUAACCAUUGCAGAGAACAUGGCUGACCUGAUAGACGGAUAUUGCCGCCUGGUGAACGGAGCCACGCAGUCCUUCAUUAUCAGGCCACAGAAAGAAGGUGAGAGAGCGUUACCAUCAAUACCAAAGCUGGCCAACAACGAGAAGCAAGGAGUGCGCUCGCACACGGUCUCCGUGUCAGAUGAAAUUAGUGGGGACGAAACAGAUGACUACGCAGAGAUUAUAGAUGAAGAAGAUACCUACACGAUGCCGUCAAAAAGCUAUGGAAUAGAUGAAGCCAGGGAUUACGAAAUUCAAAGGGAACGAAUUGAGCUGGGGCGCUGCAUCGGUGAAGGUCAGUUUGGAGACGUGCACCAAGGAGUUUACAUGAGUCCAGAAAAUCCAGCUAUGGCUGUUGCAAUCAAAACCUGUAAAAACUGCACCUCAGACAGCGUUAGAGAAAAGUUCUUACAAGAAGCCUUAACAAUGCGUCAGUUUGAUCAUCCUCACAUUGUGAAGCUCAUUGGAGUUAUUACAGAAAAUCCAGUUUGGAUCAUCAUGGAGCUCUGUACGCUUGGUGAGUUGAGAUCGUUUUUGCAAGUAAGAAAAUACAGCUUGGAUCUGGCCUCUUUGAUACUCUACGCGUACCAGCUUAGCACAGCACUUGCCUACUUAGAGAGCAAGAGAUUUGUACAUAGGGAUAUUGCUGCUAGAAAUGUGCUGGUGUCUGCCACUGACUGUGUGAAAUUGGGAGAUUUUGGGUUAUCCCGAUAUAUGGAAGACAGUACUUACUAUAAAGCUUCCAAGGGCAAGUUGCCCAUCAAAUGGAUGGCUCCAGAGUCAAUCAACUUCCGACGGUUUACCUCAGCUAGCGAUGUGUGGAUGUUUGGUGUGUGUAUGUGGGAGAUCCUCAUGCACGGUGUGAAGCCCUUCCAGGGGGUGAAGAACAACGACGUAAUCGGCCGCAUCGAGAACGGCGAGCGUCUGCCCAUGCCUCCAAACUGCCCUCCCACCCUCUACAGCCUUAUGACCAAGUGCUGGGCGUACGACCCGAGCCGGCGACCCAGAUUUACUGAACUCAAAGCACAACUCAGCACCAUCCUGGAGGAGGAGAAGCUGCAGCAGGAGGAGCGGAUGCGCAUGGAGUCCCGGCGGCAAGUCACUGUGUCCUGGGACUCGGGAGGAUCCGAUGAAGCCCCUCCCAAGCCCAGCCGGCCUGGUUACCCCAGCCCGAGAUCCAGUGAAGGAUUUUAUCCCAGUCCACAGCACAUGGUACAGCCAAACCAUUACCAGGUGUCCAGCUACCCAGGCUCUCAUGGAAUACCCGCCAUGGCGGGCAGCAUUUACCCCGGGCAAGCAUCAAUCCUAGACCAGAGCGAGUCCUGGAACCAUCGGCCUCAAGAAAUAUCCACGUGGCAACCAAACGUGGAGGAUUCGGGCCCUUUGGACAUACGAGGAAUGGGGCAGAUUCUUCCUACACAUCUAAUGGAGGAGAGAUUGAUACGACAGCAGCAAGAGAUGGAAGAAGAUCAGCGUUGGCUUGAAAAAGAGGAGCGAUUCCUGAAACCUGAUGUGCGGCUCUCCAGGGGCAGCAUCGACCGCGAGGACGGAGGUCUCCAGGGCCCGGGUUGUAACCAGCACAUAUAUCAGCCUGUGGGUAAGCCAGAUCCGGCAGCUCCGCCAAAGAAGCCUCCCCGUCCUGGAGCGCCCGGCCACCUGGGCAGCCUCGCCAGCCUCAGCAGCCCCGUGGAGAGCUACAACGAGGGGGUGAAGCCAUGGAGGAUCCAGCCGCAGGAGAUCAGCCCUCCUCCCACCGCCAACCUGGACCGCUCCAACGACAAGAUCUACGAGAACGUGACCGGGCUGGUCAAGGCCGUCAUAGAGAUGUCCAGUAAGAUACAGCCCGCCCCGCCGGAGGAGUACGUGCCCAUGGUGAAGGAGGUUGGCUUGGCGCUGAGGACGUUGCUGGCGACAGUGGACGAAACGCUGCCCGCGCUGCCCGCGAGCACCCACCGCGAGAUCGAGAUGGCCCAGAAGCUGCUCAACUCGGACCUGGCUGAGCUCAUCAACAAGAUGAAGCUGGCGCAGCAGUACGUCAUGACAAGCCUGCAGCAGGAGUACAAGAAACAGAUGCUGACGGCUGCGCACGCACUGGCCGUGGACGCCAAGAACCUGCUGGACGUCAUUGACCAGGCCAGGUUCAAGAUGAUGGCUCAGACGAGGCCGCAUUAGCGGCCGCGCCAGCACUUCGGGCGUCGCGCUCGGAAGGAUCUCGUCCCACCAGCAGCCAGGAGGCCCCCAGCGUGGUCCUGCCGUUGCGGCGGCUCCCGCUCGGGCAGAGCUGCCCGGCGCCUCACGGGCCUCUCUCUCUCCUCACAAAAGUUGAACCCGGUUUUGAGUGCAGAGCCGACUGGCCCGGGACUCCGCGACGCGAGCGGCGGCAGCACAGCAGGGAGUGCACGAGGCCACAGGGCAGCACCGCUCGACUCCCUGCGCUCGCUGGGACCAGGCCCGAGGCGCCGCGGGAGGAUUUUGGCAAGUGAAGAAUUCGGGGAAACCUCAGGGCUGAGAAUUCUUGCCCACCGUGUAGGAACUAUCCGGACUGGAUUUUUUUUUUUUUUAUUAGAACACUUAACGUCGCAAUAUGCUAACCACAAUUUACAGAGAAAAAAAAUAAAAAGCUAUAUUUUCAAGACUUCGGUCGUUUCGAGACAAACUAAAGCCCUCUUCAUUUUCCUGCCUUUUAUUUUUCCGUGGACGUGUGAAGCAUUUUGUUUGGAAACUAGCUGUAGAACCCAACGGAAAACUCUCGUGUCUUUCACCAGAAUAACGUGCCAGGUUUUUGUAGCAAUGUUAUUUUCCUUGGAAGCAAAAAUGCUGCUUUGUACCAGAGCAAUUCAGAGCCGCAUUUAGAGGAGUCCUGUAACCAUUCACGUUCCCCAUUUUUAUAUAAUUUAUAAAGAAAGAUUAAAGCCAUGUUGACUAUUUUAAACCCACUGUAGUUAACUAACCCAUCUUUUUGUCUAUCUUGCCUGGGAGGAGUGACAGUAGAGCAGUGUAAUUAGAUUUUCCUUGGUUUUCCAGUUAUACCAUCUGUUCUGUUAAAAUAAAAACUACACUCCCUUUUUGCUGUUGAGGGAUAUAAAUUAUUCUCAGGAAGAAUAUAAUGAACUGUACAGUUACUUUGACCUAUUAAAAAGGU